AUGUGUUUCGUUGACUUAACAACAGAGCACAGCCCCAGGUAUGGGGCCGAACCGAAUGCAGCGUCUUUUACCGACGUCGGUCCCGAUCACAACCCCGACCCUGCCACCAAACCGAGAACCAGCCAUGGGUCUUUCUCGAGGUCCAUCGUGAAAUUGAUUGACAAAGCAGUCGAGCAUGUCCACGUCGGUUGGCUGUCAUGUCGCGACCAAGCUCACUUCAGACAAAGGCUAGAUCAAUUUUGUCCAGGACGGUAUGUUGAUGACAUCCUUUUUCUUGCCAUUCUUCAAUGCGUUUGUGGCACUUCUACACUUCACACCAUAGACCCAUUGCUUGUGCGGUUCUCGGAGCCGUUCUUGCCCUCGGGAGCCUCUGCGUUCGCCAAAGGGUUUGACGGUGUGGUACUGCCAAUCAACGUCAACGCGGCAGAUCAGAUGUCAGAUCACAAUAGAAAUCAUUGGAUACUCGCAAUUGUCAAUUGGAAAACAGAGACAUUCGACGCCUUUGGAAUGCAACCAACUGCUUUUUCUCGAUGGAGCGUAAGGAUCGAUGAAUAUGUCUCGGAACUUCGCGGCGCUGUCGUCCAACUGGACAAAAAUCUCACGAAGCUGGGACCAUACUGGGAGGACUCAUGCUGCGCUUUCCUCUGCGCUUACGCUCUUGAAUGGUACUUGGGUCGAGCACCUCAUCGUCAGGAACGAUGGCCCACGGGUCCUGCCUUGAGAAAGCAUUACCUGCGCAAACUACUCAAUCAAUGGGAGCUGCCCGCCGGCCGUCGUACCAAAGGGCCGCGGCAUUCGGAACUUGAUGGCGGACCAAGCUCUGGAUGA